AUGUCACAAGAUUGGUCCCCCGGUGGGGACCAUGAAGCCUUCACUCAAUGGGCUCUCGAAAACGGUGUGGUUGCCAAUGGUGUGACCCCAGCGCGUUUCCCUGGACGAGGCCUUGGAAUGCGAGCGACGCGUAAGAUCAAAAGAGGUGAAGCUGUGGUUCAGGUGCCAACUUCCGUCAUUCUCACGUUAGCGAGUGUACCUGAGACGUUCCGCUCUAAAUUCCCCGAGGGCACGGGUACACAAGCUAUGAUGGCUGCAUUUUUGACACAUGGCGAUGAGGAGCAACUUGAGAAGUACCAGCUCUGGUUCAAGACCUGGCCACCACGUCAAGAUUUUGAAGAAACCCUUCCGCUCCUUUGGCCAAGGGAGCUAGGUGGCUUGGCCUGGCCAGACAGCUCGGCCGCUUCAAAUGCAGGUCUCGCUUCCCUUCCGAACUUCCUGCCUCCUUGUAUCUCCGGCCGCUGGAACACGAUCAGCCCAGGUCCACGGACAAAGAAGUACGAGAGCGUGCACCAAAAUCUGAUGGCAGAGCAAGAACGUCGAUUGCGCAAGUCUUGGGAAAGCGUUAUCUCCGUGCUGCCUGACACAGACUGGCGGUCCUUCUCAUACUACUGGCUGAUUCUCAACACACGUAGUUUCUACUGGGUUGAGGCUGAUCAAGAGCCGCCAGAGGACAGAAAUGAUGCUAUGGCUUUGUUGCCAUUUGCAGAUUAUUUUAAUCAUUCAGAUAUUGAGGUGAUUCCUGGACAGUGCGAUGUGAAAUUUGAUUCCAACGAGUACACCCUUCGAGCCACUGAAGACUACAACGAGGGCGAUGAGGUGUACAUGAGUUAUGGAAGCCACCCGAACGAUUUUCUUCUUGCUGAGUAUGGUUUUUAUCUAGACAAAAGCAGCUCGGAUUGUGUCUAUCUUGAUGACAUCAUUUUUCGAGAUUUGAGCAGUCCCGAUAAGCAAGAGGAACUCUCGCUAAAUCAAUAUUACGGGGAAUACCGAGUUCACGCCGACGGGGUAUGUUAUCGAACGGAGGUUGCGGCAUCGCUAGUGUACAUGGAAGAAGAAGACUGGAGAAAUCAUGUCCUGGAGGGAUCUACAAAGGGAAUGGACGUGAAAAAGUUGACAGCCGUCAUUGGGGGUUGGCUUCAAACGUACAUCACCGAGGCAGAAGCAACCAUCAAGUCGAUCGAAGAAGCUGAGGAGACCAACGCGGUGAUCCAGGCACACCACGCAAAGGCGCAGUCAUUGCGACGACGGUGGGCACAGAUCAAGAAUAUAUGCGAGACUGCCUUGAAGGAAAUCUCAUUAUAA